AGUGCUGCCUGUCCCUUCCCCGGUGAAAGAGUGGAGUACAGCAGGAGGGACAGAGAUAGAGAGGGACCAAGUCCCCAGAAAUGUCCCUGCUGAGGUGCAGGCCACGGGACCUGCCAUCAGUCUCCCUUUCUGUGCUGUUCUUGGUCAGCUUUGUAGGUCCCAGACAGCAUGGGGUCUCGGUUCUUCCUGGCUCUAUUCCUGGUCAUCCUGAUGUUGGGAAAUGAGGUCCAGGGGAACCAGGAAGAUGACUCGGGCAGCCUGGCUCUGCUGGGCACGGUGCAGGGCUCCCUCUUAAGUUACUGGACCUCUGCCAAGGAGGUUGCCAAAGACCUGUACCAGAAGACAUACCCGAUCAGCAUGGAUGAGAAACUCAGGGACAUGUACAGCAAAAGCUCGGCGGCCAUGAGCACUUACGCAGGCAUUUUUACAGACCAGCUCCUUACUCUCCUGAGGGGAGAGUAGCUGCCAGGCAAGCCCCAAGUUAGGGGAAAGGAAAACCUGAUGACAGACACCGCGCCUCUUUGCUCGCAUCACCAGACCAGGAUGGUCCUACACCACCCUGUCCCAGCUGCUCCCGCCUUCCUGCUCCCAACUAGAGCCCAGAGUCUUUCAGUGAAAGAAUAAAUGAGUCCAGGUUCACUGGC